AUGCUGUUGGGACUGCGAGGAGAGCACGGAGAAAGCCUCCAAGAAUAUCAGAAUAAAUGGCGGCUGCAGAAAUACGCCAUAGAUGUCCUCACUGCCGUGAUGGUUUCUCAACCUCCAACGGCUUACGUCAACAUAUCCCACGUCUUCGUGGAGUUCUUGCUGAAGGUCAAAGAACCGUGUGGUAAAUGUUUCUCAAGCAACAGCAAUUUAGCUGGACAUGUGAGUCUCCAUACGGGAUUGGCAGUGGAAGCCGAAGAUGAAGAUGCCGUUGAAGAGGAAGUUGAGGCACCAAAUUAA